UAGUAGUUCUACAGUCAAUAGACAAGUCUAUAGUAGUUCAAAAUACUUGAAGGGCGGCAUUUAUUUAAUAUUUUAAGGUUACGUUUAUAAAUAAGCAAUUUUCGGCAAAUUUUAAAUAUAAAAGAAUUUAUAAUGUCUUCAAUAGACGAAAAGAAAAAGGGAAGUAAUCCUAUGCAAGAUCAAAAAGAGAAGAAACGCAAAGAAUCGAUCUUGGAUUUAUCCAAAUAUUUAGAAAAAACAAUAAGAGUAAAGUUUGCAGGUGGCAGAGAAGCAAGCGGAAUUUUAAAAGGCUAUGACCCCUUAAUAAACCUCGUAUUAGAUAAUACCUUAGAGUAUCUUAGGGAUCCCGAUGACCCAUAUAAACUUACAGAAGAUACCAGAGAAUUAGGACUUGUGGUGUGCAGAGGUACCAGCGUAGUACUCAUUUGUCCAAUGGAUGGAAUGGAAUCCAUUCCAAAUCCGUUUAUUACACAAGAUUAAUUUAAUAGCUUUGAUUUAUACUAAGGGUAAUUUUAUGUUUUCUAUAAUAAAUAAGUGAUUUAUA